AAUUGGUCCAUAUAAGUUACGGAAGAAAUUAAAAAAAAAAAAAGGAUCAGAAUUAAACUAAAGUAUUAUGGAAAAUAAAGAGAAAAAGGAAAAAACAGAACUUAUACCGGGGGAUGAGGUCGCUGGCCUCUCGGACCGCCCCGGCUUUCAGGUGACCGAGAUUCAGCCCUAACGUCUGAUCUGGCCCCGCUUUUUCAAGUGGCCAGCUGUGGGUACGGGCUGCCUUCAUCGCCUAUGCCCGUUCUCGUUUCUUUCUUUUCAAAUUUUCCACGGUCAAUUUAAAAAAAAAAUUAUAAAUUUGACCUCAACUAGAAUAAUUGGCCGAAAAGAGCCCAUAUAUAUAAUUGAGAGGUAGCUAGGUAGCUCCAUGAUGCUCAUCCAGGCUUAAGUAACUCAUAUCCCGAAGAAGCAAUGCUCAAUACCAGAUUACUUUUGCUUUCUUGGGUCAUAAUUAUGGCGUUAUCAGGAUCAACUCUGCUGUUGCAGCUUGCAGCGCAAAGUAGGCCUGGUUGCAGGAGUCGCUGUGGCAACCUAAACAUCCCUUACCCUUUCGGUAUGACCGAGGGCCGAAGGGAUUGCUCGUACGGCGGAUUAUCCAAUACGUUUGUCAUCGACUGUGAUAACUCCACAGACCCACCUUCUGCUUAUAUUGCCAACAGGUCAACCGGUCUCAAUGCAGUUGAUAUCUCAAUGGACAAUCACGAGAUACGCAUCAUGAUGAAUGGAGCUCGCGAGUGUUACAAUUCAUCAGGAGCUGUGACUCGGCGGACUCGUUCAGGGAUCACGCUAGGCAUUUUCUCAGUAUCCAGUACCAAGAACAGGUUCUUCGCCGUGGGUUGUGAUACACAAGCCACACUCAAUGGAACAGAGAAUCGUGGGUUCUCAACAGGGUGCACGUUACAAUGCAAAAGCAUCACUGACGUAAUCAACGGGUCAUGUUCUGGAAUCGGAUGCUGCCAGGCCAGCUUACCUAUAAACAUGAGGACCUACGAAAUCUCCAUCAGCAGUUACGACAACCACAGGCUUGUCCAUGACUUCAACCCAUGCAGCUUCGCAUUUGUUGCUGCAAACGACUAUGACUUCAACUUCUCCACCACAUCUCUUAUGGGCAUGGCCUGGGAGAGGAUGCCUGUGGUUCUGGAGUGGGCGGUCGAGGCCAAAACUUGCGAGGAAGCCCAAAAGAACAUGACAAGCUAUAUGUGCAAGGAGAACACCAACUGUUCAGAUGCCGCCCACAGUGGAGGUUACCGUUGCCACUGCAAAGAAGGAUACCAAGGGAAUCCUUAUCUCUCUGGGCCAGACGGCUGCCAAGAUAUUGAUGAGUGCAAAACCGCAAAUCGAUGUCACAAGACAGCGUUGUGCGAAAAUCAGAUUGGAACGUACCGUUGCUACUGCCCUCACGGGUUCGAAGGGGAAGGAUAUACAAACGGAUGUGUAGCACGUCAAAAGGAGAAUAACUCUUUUGAAAUGGCUCUUGGCGUGGCCAUUGGUUGCUUGCUCCUCCUUCUUUGUGCUUCUUUGUUAGCUUUGGGACUCCGACGGAGGAAGGCAACAAAAGAGAGGGAGAAGUUCUUUAAAGACAAUGGGGGUCUUAGGUUACAAAAUCUACUCUCUCAACACCAAAGCUAUGUCGAGAUACUGAAAGUGUUCACCACCGGCGAGCUCAAACGGGCGACUGACAACUACAACGAAAGCAGAAUCCUCGGCCAAGGUGGUCAGGGAACAGUGUACAAAGGAAUCAUGAUGAACGACAGGGUUGUCGCCAUUAAGAAAGCCAGACUGCUAGACCGGAGCCAGGUGAAUGAGUUCAUCAACGAAGUAGUUGUUCUGUCACAGAUCAACCACAAGAACGUAGUUAGGCUGAUCGGGUGUUGCCUGGAGACAGAGCUGCCUCUAUUAGUUUAUGAGUUUGUAAGUAAUGGCACCCUCUCCCAACAUUUACAUGACAAUGACGGUCAAUGCUCCGCAUCAUUGUGCUCCUGGAAAGCUCGGCUACGUGUGGCGGCCGAAACAGCUGGAGCACUUUCUUACCUGCACUCAGAGGCUGCUAUCGCAAUCGUUCACAGGGAUGUUAAGAGUACCAAUAUACUCCUGGAUGAGAAUUUCACGGCUAAGGUGUCGGAUUUUGGAGCCUCCAGGCUGAUGCCGUCUGAUAAGGCUCAAUUAAGUACUCUAGUACAAGGCACGUUCGGGUACCUAGAUCCAGAGUACUUCCACUCGAGCCAGUUAACGGAGAAGAGUGAUGUUUACAGUUUUGGCGUUGUCCUUGCUGAAUUGCUCACUGGAAUGAAGGCUAUAUCUUUUGCCAAACCUGAGAAGGAGAGGACUCUGUCCUUGGUUUUCGUAUCGGCUGUGAAGGAGGACCGUUGCUUGGAGAUCAUCGACAAACGGAUUAUAAAUGAGGGGAAUGUUGAUCACAUCAGAGAAGUUGCCCUGCUAGCUAGCCGGUGUUUAAAAGUAAGAGGGCAGGACAGGCCAUCCAUGAAGGAAGUCGCACUCAAGUUAGAGGGGCUACUUAGAAAAACCAAACAGCAACCCUGGAUACAUCAAGAUCCAAGUAACUUCGAGGAAAGUGAAUACUUGCUCAGAGGCAGCCACGUUAAUUACCCUGACACUGGUCUGAUCAAUACGACAGGUUCUAGGGAUACAAUGAAAAAUCAGUUGAUACCUUUUGGCGUUGAGGAUGCAAGGUAGUCUUACCAGUUAGAACUUUUCUGCCUGUUUUAUUUAGUUUUCAUCACCCAAGAGUGUUCUGUUUUGUGUUUCUUAGUUGUUAUCGUGUCAAAUAUGCUCCAUUUAACUGCUCGUGUUUGAGUGCCUGUGUCAUGUAAUUUAUGUGCAGAGGAUUUGACCCUCAGUUUGUCUUACCAAUUCCAGCUGUAUAUAAUUCUUCUUAAGAAAGCGACCAAUCGAGUGUAAAUAUAUACUGUAUUUUUCAAGAUAGCUGAAUGAAAAAUUGUAACAUUUCUCCUCUA